AUGGCAUCGAUAAUGCAUCGUGACAAGGCAUUUCAGAUUAAAACUUACGAUUACAAGCAUACCUGCAAACAUUGGAACCAUCGCAACAAGACAAUAACGCCGUCUUUCAUUGCAAGAACAUAUCUUGAUGAUAUCAGUCAAAAUAGAGAGUGGAAGCUGUCUAAUUUUAGAGACACGGUUAGUGAGGGACUUAAGGCUCAUGUUACUUUAGAUCAAGCUAGAAAGGCUAAGAAAAAGGCACUUGUAUUAAUUGAUGGAGAUGUUAAGGAACAAUUUUCCAUUCUUUGGGAUUACUGCCUUGAAAUUGAAAGGUCAAAUCAUGGAACUUCAAUGGUCAGAUAUCAUUUGUUGACUGCAGUUGGCUUGGUUGCUAAUAAUAAUAUCUUUCCAGUGGCCUACGCAGUUGUAGAAAAGGAAACUAGGGAGACGUGGUCAUGGCUUUUGACCUACUUAGCUGAUGACUUGGAGAUUAACGAUCAAGCUGGUUGGACCUUUAUGUCGGACAAGCAAAAAGGUCUCAUUAAAACGUUUAAUGAAGUUUUGCCAUCAGUGAGUCAUAGAUUUUGCGUGAGAUAUCUCCAUAAUAAUUUCAAGAGGGCUGGUUUUAGUGGUUCCUUGGUAAAACAUGCUUUUUGGGCUGCUGCAAGUGCUAUAAUUGUGGAAUUCUUUAAUGCUCGCAUCGAUGACAUUGUUAAAUUGGAUGUCGAAGCUGCUAUCUGUAUUAUACUUGAUGCUCGACACAAGCCAAUCAUCACUUUGUUGGAAAAACUAAGAUAUCUUCUUACGGCUAGAUUACAAGCUAACAGGGAUAAAGCUGAUAGAUGGAAUUGUGAUGAUAUUUGCCGUCGGAUCAAAAGAAUCCCUUGUAAGCAUGCUAUUUCAGCAAUUUGGCAUAAAAAUGCUGAGGUUAUUAAUUAUGUGGAUGACUGCUAUAAGGUGGAAAUGUAUAAACGAAUCUAUGAACCAACUAUUCUUCCAAUCAAUGGUUCACAGUUAUGGCUUAAAUCAAAAAAGCUCCCUCCUUUGCCUUCAAUCUUUUCAAGACAAAAUAAGUCAGGAAGAAAGCAAAACUUGAGAAGAAAAGAACAAGAUGAACCAGAAGGAGGAGUUUUUGAGCGAGCUUGUUGGAUGCCUUCUACUUCAUUUAUAGCUGAAAAGUUAUCGCUGAUUGAAGUGAAGAUAUUUUGCUGGUUUCGUGCUGAUAGCUGGUUGAAGUGA